ACCAUAAACCGGUAGCAUUUUUCCCAUGGAAACAAAAGGAGUGGAGCCUCUUACUUUCCCAAGAAUCUUUCCACCCGAAAAGAGGAAAAAAACACACAAGCUAUCCAUUACACAACAAAUCAAAGUAAGAUCUAAAGCACCUGUUACAAAUUGGUGCUUCCUAAGAAUCUCUUUUUUCUUUUCGUCGAUCCUCUCCCUUUUCCAAAGAGCCACGAACCAAGCGACAAACACGAUUAAGUUACCCUCCCUUGUUAUAGUUCUUAGAAGAAGAAGAAGAAGAGGAGGAGGAGGAGGAGGGGGAAGAAGAGGAUAAGAUAUGAACUAAUGGUUCUUAUAAUCUCUACGUAGUUACCAUGUCAAUGGAGCCCCACAACCAUGCACCCACAUGUUGUGUUGGUCUCGGAAUCUCUCUUAUCGCCUCUCCUACGAUCGACAUAUCUUUUCCUGGGUACAAAGUUUUUAAAGGGUUUUGAUUAGAAAUUAGGUUUGGUUUGAUGUGUAACUCCACAUCUAGAGCAGCUACACACACCCCCACCUCCUUGUCUACUUUGAUUUGACGUAGGAAAAGAUGGCCACCAGAUAAUAGCUUUCCCUUCUCCUCCCCCUACCUCUCCUCCUCCGUAGGGAUCUCGGGUCUAUUUGGGUAUUCCUCUACUAGGGUUCUUCUUUUUCUUCAACAUAACCCCCCCCCCAAUCCUAGCUACAAGCAUAAUCCUUGGGGUUUUUUUUUGUUUUUUUUUCCCCUUUCCUUUUCUUUUUCGUCCUCACACCACCUACUACACUUCUUUAUAGUUUUAUCCCCUCUCCUCUUCUUUCUUACAGUUGCUUUGUCAAAUUUUUGCCACUAAAAUAAGAGCGUUUAUAGAUGGAGGAGUACUCCCUUCUAGGUGGUAGCAACUGCAACUCCUCAAGGGGUGCUACUAACGCUAAUACUAACGCUAUUACCACUAAUUCCUUCAUGUAUCUCCCAUCAUCUACAGCCAUCGGCGCCGCCGCCGCCGCCGCCGCCGCAACAACUCCUCCUCCUUCGCCGCCGCCGCAUGUGGUGGUUGCACCACCGCACAUCUCCGGCCAAUAUGGCCGGAGCUACCAAUAUCCGCAUAGAUUCAUAAACCAGCCUCUCAAAGCCGAAGCGGGGCCUUCUACUACUCAAUACCCACCUCUCGAGAGAGGAGCAAUAUUAUUAGAGCAUGGAGGAGGGGCGCGCCAAGAGACCUCUCCCAGAGAAGAGGAGGCUCUUAAGGCCAAGAUUAUGUCCCAUCCUCAAUAUUCCACCCUUCUUGGAGCCUACCUCGAUUGCCAAAAAGUAGGAGCUCCGCAGGAGGUGGUGGACCGGCUCACCGUGAUGGCCCGAGAAUUCGAGAGGCGCUGCCCGAGCGGCGGCCGACACGAUCUGUCGACCGAUCCGGAGCUCGACCAAUUCAUGGAGGCUUACUAUAACAUGCUGGUUAAAUACCGAGAAGAGCUAACGAGGCCAAUCCAAGAAGCCACGGAGUUCCUCAAGAGAGUCGAGUCCCAGCUUAAUUCUCUCACUAAUGGCGCUUCCUCACGCUUCUUUACCCCAGCAGAUGAUAAGUGUGAAGGAGUUGGUUCCUCGGAAGAGGAUCGGGAUGCUAGCGGAGAAGGUGAAGCCCCUGAGAUCGAUCCUCGUGCAGAAGACAAAGAACUAAAGCAACACCUUCUGAAGAAGUAUAGUGGCUACUUGAGCAGCCUUCGACAGGAGCUCUCGAAGAAAAAAAAGAAAGGGAAGCUACCGAAGGAUGCACGGCAAAAGCUACUUAGCUGGUGGGAGCUGCAUUAUAAAUGGCCAUAUCCAUCGGAAACAGAGAAGGUGGCCUUGGCAGAAUCAACGGGUCUCGAUCAGAAGCAGAUCAAUAAUUGGUUCAUAAACCAGAGAAAGCGGCAUUGGAAACCAUCAGAGGACAUGCAGUUCGUCGUCAUGGAUGGCUUCCACCCUCAAAAUGCUGCUGCUGCCGCCGCUGCUGCUCUUUACAUGGAUGGCCAGUUCACGGGUGACGGCAUGUACCGCCUUGGCCCUUAAUGCACGGGUCGGAAUUAGUAAGUCGGAAGCUAUCUAGAUGCAGAUGGAAUUAAGUUUAUUAUUCUUCAAGAAACAAAUACCUUUUUUUGUGCUAUAGUAGGGCAUUCAGUAGUACCAUCUAUAGUGUAGUGGUAUUGCAACUUUAGUUAAAUCGGUAUUGUUUCGAUAUCUUAUAAUACUCGAGUGAUUCCUUUUGCUUGGCUUGGUAAGUCUUACUGUUGGUAAUGUUGUGGAAUCCUAGUGUAGUAUUUGGUGUUAGAAGAUAUUUCUGGUAAAACUUGGUUCUUUUUCUUCAUCAUAUAAAAAUCUUCACUAUGGUGCUGGCAUUUUCUGUCUACGCUCUCUGUUUAUUCUGCAAGUUCUGUAACUGUAAGACAUGGUUGUGUAUGCUGUUCUGUUACACAUGAUUGCUGAAACUAUCUUAUUAUCAAAUUCUUUUUGUCA